AUGAGGUUCUCAUCUGUCCUUGCAGCCUUGUCUGCAGUCGGCAGCGCACUGGCACAGCAGACCUACACCAAUCCUGUACUAUGGUACGAUCUCGCAGACCUCGACGUCUUCCGCAAAGGCAACCAAUACUACUACUCGGCUUCGACCAUGUCUUUCUCUCCUGGAGCACCGGUUCUCAGAUCUGGAGACCUUGUCAACUGGGAGUUUAUCGGUCACUCGGUUCCUAGACUUGACUUCCAUGAUACAGCAUAUGACUUAGCCGACAACAAGCAAGCCUAUGUUCGUGGAAUCUGGGCUUCCUCUAUGCAGUACCGCGAGUAUGACGAUACUUUUUACUGGAUCGGCUGUGUCGACUUCAAGACUACGUACAUCUACAAGGCCAAGGAUCCUGCUGGUGAUUGGAGCAAGGUUGGCGAGAUUGGCACUUGCUACUAUGACUGCGGUAUGCUGUUUGAUGGUCAGAGCAUUUACGUUGCUUACGGCAACACCAAGAUCAGCGUUGCACAGCUGAACAACGACUUUACCCAAAAGUCCACCACGCAGGUCUACAGCUCUAGCUUCUACAUCGAAGGCUCUCACAUGAAGAAGAUCAACAACAAAUACUACAUCUUCGUCACCCAGCCCGCCUCCAAUGAGUACGUUCUAAAAUCUGACUCUGGUCCCUUAGGUCCCUACGAAAUCAAGAUCUUUACAAAGGCGCCGGCGAGCGGUAUCCAGGGCAGUGGAAACCCUCAUCAGGGAAGCGUAGUCGAUACUCCCAAAGGCGAUUGGUACUACCUCAGUUUCAUCGAUGCGUAUCCUGGCGGCCGCAGUCCUGCCUUGGCGCCAUUUGUGUUUGAUGCACAAGGAUGGCCAUCCCUAAAGCAAGCAAAUGGAUUCGCCAUCGCAAACCCCUAUCCCGUGCCUCCCGUGCCCGUCAAAUCCACCACCGGUACGGACAGCUUCACAGGACCUAAACUAGGUCCUCAAUGGGAAUGGAACCACAACCCCGACACUACUUCCUUCUCCUUUGCUUCUGGAGGCGGUUUGAUGCUCAAGACCUCUUCAGUAACCAAAGACCUCUACCACGCCAAAAACACUUUAACACAUAGAAUCCUGGGGCCAGACAGUACAGCCACCAUUGCCCUGGACAUUUCCAGAAUGUCUGCAGGCGACCAAGCAGGUUUAGCUUUAUUCCGCGACAACUCAGCCUACAUAGCCAUCCACAACAACGCCAUCAUCCUCCAACGCGACUUGACCCUAGGAGCAAAUUGGAACACUCUCUCCCUCGGCCGCACCGAAACCUCCGUCUCCCUCCCUCAAGGAACCAAAACCGUGUGGUUGCGUCUACAUGCCGACAUCAAACCUGCAGGCUCCCACCAAGGCGUGUUUUCGUGGAGUGCGGAUGGGAAAACGUUUAAGACGCUGGGAACGCCGUAUACCAUGAACACGACUUAUUACUUUUUUAUCGGGUAUAGGUUUGGGAUUUUCAACUUUGCGGAGGAGAAGUUGGGGGGAAGUGUUACGGUCAAGUCUUUUGAUCUUGCUCUUGGGUCAAAGUAG